ACCCUAACAGUUGUCGAUCUUUAUUAAGGAACUAACUGCACUCUCUGGCUACCGUUGCGUGCUUCCUUUGAAUCCUUAAACAAAGUUGAAGACCUUCUCCUCAGCUAUUUUGCACGGAACGUUUCUUCAAGUUUGAAUGCGUCAAUCCCGCUCGGCGACUCUAAAAAUGAUAGUGGACAAAGCCCCCAAUGACCGGCAAAUCAACAAACUUCCUCAGCCCUACCUGAAAUCGAGUACACCUUACGCAGGUUCGGACUUCCGACCGGAGGUCAAGUCAGCAUGCCUUUCCCAUCGAUUGAUCUCGGCGAGUUUAAAAAUAUCGAAAAUUAUUAUUCUGGGGAACGUAGCAGUGGGCAAGUCUUGCCUUGUUAAUCGAUUUUGCCAUAGUGUCUUUGAUCAGAAUUACAAGGCAACCAUAGGAGUCGAUUUUGAAGUUGAAAGAUUUGAUAUCCUCCAAGUGCCUUUCAAUUUGCAAAUAUGGGACACCGCUGGGCAGGAAAGGUUUAAAUGUAUUGCAUCGUCUUAUUAUCGUGGUGCUCACGCGGUUGUUGUUGCCUUUGAUUUGACAAAUCUCUAUUCAUUGUCCUCUUGCCCUGCUUGGUUGGAAGAUGCGUUGAAGGCUAAUACUGUCCGUCCUCUUGUGUUUUUGGUUGGUACCAAAAGGGAUUUAUUGUCAGAAGCUGCCUACAAACAUGUAGAAGAUCAGGCGACACGCAUGGCCCGCGCUCUUCAAGCCGAAUAUUGGUGCGUUUCAUCUAAAUUCGGAUUGAACGUUGAUGCAUUUUUCCAACGUAUUGCGGCUUUAACUUUUAAUGUGUCUGUAUCACAAGAAUGUCGAGAAAUUGAUCCGUCAAGAGAAAUUGGUAACGGUCUUGUCACUCUGAAGAAAUCUGAAAACCCCAUAGGCGGUAUGGAGAAAAGAAAGCGGUUGAAAAAUGGUUGUUGCAAUAGUUAAAUCGUUCAAAUAUGGACACCGAACAAUGAAACAAAUUUCAAAUUGACGAAAAUGCAUCGCGAUGAAUGCAAAUGCCUUGUUUUUUAAAUAAAAUGUACUGCAAAAGAAAUAAUAAAGACGAAUAGUUCUGCAUUUUCUUGAA